AUGUAUAGUACAUACACAUCAUUAAGGUUCAACCCGUAUGCUGCUCUCAGUCUGCCAGCGCAGGGAUUUCGACAGCAGGCCGCCGAUAUGCUUUGUUCGUGUUGUUACUACAAUCCUGCCAGCCAAGGAUGCUGUUAUUCACCGGGUUAUGGGUCGGCGUUCGGCGCGGUUUAUGGCUACCCAGCCGAGAUACUUCCCAAACCGCCUUACUCUUAUGUAGCGCUGAUCUCUAUGGCCAUCAAGAAUUCACCAGAGAAAAAGGUGACAUUGAGCGGAAUUUACCAGUUUAUAAUGACGAACUUUCCGUAUUACCAGCAGAGCAGAAGAGGAUGGCAAAACAGCAUCAGGCAUAAUUUGUCACUGAACAAGUGCUUUGUAAAGGUUCCGCGCGACAAGUCCGAUCCCGGAAAGGGAUGUUACUGGACUCUUGAUUCGUCUUUCGAAGAAAUGUUUGAAGAGGGAAGAUUUUGGAGGCGAAAACGAAGGCCUAAGAAUUUCCAAGUGAGAGACGAAGACAACGAGAUGACCGAAAGUCCGAGCCGAGACAGCGACGAAGUUAACGCAGAGAAAAUCGGACAAAAAGCGUCUCAUCACGGAAAGUUGAGUUGCGAGAACGAAAACAUGAAACAAGGCACUUCCGCCGACAGUGAGUUCUAUGGUCAUGUUUCCUCGUAUUUGUCAAGCGGAGGUGAUGAUCAAGGACAUUGUUUUCCCACGAAACGCAAAGGCCUUCAGUACCCUGAAGAGCGGAACGCGAGUAUCGUUACCAAAAGCAAUUCUUCAACUUGUAAUUUAACAUUUAGCAUUGAAAGCCUGCUAAAGCGAUGA